CCGAUUGUGUUGUGGGUAAUUUCGCCUGUUUACCUUUCAAUUACGGGGUUACAUUUUCACACGUCUACCUUAAUUUAUGGGUCACCCAAACGCGCGAAAGGACUCUUCACUUCACAAUUUGUAAUACACAGUAAGGAAAUACGAAGGUGGCGUUUGCUCUCCUUUACGAUUGCGAUCGAGUUUAAUUAAUGGCCAAAAGGUUUCAGCAUUCAUCUGUCACCUCUGUUGAGGAGGCUAAGGAGGAUCGGAUCAGUCACCUCCCAGAAGAGAUUCUUACUUCCAUUCUUUCCUUCUUGACGACUGAAGAAGCGUCAAGAACCAGUGUCCUCUCUCGCAGGUGGAGAAUUCUGUGGACAUUAACCUCUUCUUUAAACUUUGACUGCACAAAGAUAGCCUUGGGCAAAAAAUUGGAUGAUAGGUUCGCAUUGAGAAGCGAAAGGACCAGGUUUGCGAUGUGGGUGAAACGAGUACUGGAGGUAUACAAAGAUUCAAAUUUAGAUGAGUUCAUAGUUUCUUUUGACUUGACUUGCAACAGCCGUCGCAGUCUCGAUAAAUGGAUGAACUUUGCAAUGUCAAAGACACUUAAAAGGCUUGAGAUUUCCUUGGCACCAUUUUCAUCAAGAAAAUUUAGAUUUCAUGAUGAGUGCUAUUCUUUCCCAGUUGAUUGUUAUAGUUUCAUCAGAGGGCCUGAAGGUUUAUCCAACAUCAGUUCCCUAAGAUCUCUUUGUCUUAGGUAUGUGAAUAUGACCGGAGAAGUAGUUGAACAUUUCUUGUUAAAUUGUCCACUGCUUGAACAAUUGACUGUGGCUGUUGCAUACCGUUUGGAAAGUCUAAAAGUUCCUGCUUCAUCACUCCGCUUGAAGUACCUUGAAAUAUUUGACUGUUAUCAUUUAAAAAAUUUCGAGAUUUGUGCCCCAAAUCUAGUCACAAUAUUGUAUAAUCAAGGAGGACGGUAUAAUGGACGAAGAAUGAAAUUACAAGCUGUGCAUCUUCCUCAUCUGCUUGACUUGCAUCUUGGAGGUCCAGAACUUUCCAUUACUGAAGAUUUUUUUGGUGCUUGUUCAAGCAGUUUUUCCCAACUGAUGACUCUUAAAAUAGUAGUCACGGAAGUGCGGAUGCAAGAGUGUCAGGUACGUUUGAAGUUCCCAAAAUUCCCCGAAUUAACUAAUCUCAGGCACUUAGGCUUCAAAACUGAGUAUGAUAUUUGUAGCAUUCUUGCUGUGCGUCUGCUGAUAAAAUCAUCACCGCUCUUGAACAAAUUUACCCUGGAAUUAGCUGAUGGUAGCAGAUGUCAGAUAAAAAGAAGAGUAAGGACAGGUAUCAACUGUCCUCACCAAAACCUCAAGGUAGUGGAAAUAGUUGGAUUUAUUGGCGGAGCUGUUGAGUAUGAAUUUAUCAUGUUUUUCCUUGACAAUGCCUCUGCUUUGGAGAAGAUUAUUCUUCGUCCUCGUGAUCCGUUUUCUCCAUCCGAAGCUGAGAACAAGAUGCUAAGAAGGGCAAGAGAGCAUGCAGAAAAGUUCAAAACAAGAUUCUCUCCGAGAGUAGAAGUAGUUAUCAUGACAGACAGCAGAGAAAUAUUUAUAUAUGGUGAAAACUGUACUGAAAAGUCUGAAAGUGAGGGAUCGAAAGACAUUAUUUAAAUCAACGGGUACCAUAUCAUGUGGGCGGUGACGACAAAGACCAUACGGGUAAGCAAGUCCUUAUUGUCUAAGUCAGGAAUCCUGAAGGUGAGAAAUUGCAAUUGCUUCUGCAUAUUUAGGACCCAACAGCUUGCACACAGGGUAGAAUCUUGCCCAGUUCUCACGUCUGCACAGGGGUCCAUCUCUACCUCAAUAAAAACUAUAAUACUUUUUGUGUUAAUUUGCAUGUGCGUCACGUGACGACGACAAAAGGGAAGACAAGUGUAAGUUUCAUGAAUGAAGCUAGCCCAUUGCAUUACUGGUUGACACUGAGAUUCCAGUACAUCAUCAGUACGCAUUAGAAGCUGAUUAAAGAAAAAAAAGUCUUCUUCUUAAAUUAUUUUUCAAAGAUAAAAUAAUUGCCAUUGAGAGAAAAAUUAAAUUUGUUAUCUAACGAAUUAGAAUACAGAAUUACAUUUCAUCUUUUCUUUGAAGAAUGCAAAUAUUUCAUAUAAGGGGAUGAAUAAUAUGUCUUCAUAAAGGAAAUUAAUGAUAAUAAUUACAUAUAACAAAAAUUUGAAUCUCUCUUAAUAAUCAUCAAUUUGCAUUUGCUGAUCUUGUAAGCUGAGGAAUCGACAUAAGGAAGACAAGAGAAGGAGGGCAACUGUAGUGCAAAGGGCUGGCAACGGCUCUAAAUCUAUAAAAAAAAUUAAAGCUUAGAAUUGUUGAGAGGAAUUAAUUUAAGUUUACUUGCACAAACAAACUUAAUUACAUUAAUAUUAUGUUUUUACAUGUUGAUCUUCUCAAUCAAGUUUAUCCUUGAGAGGAGUUUUGUCCAUACAUAUUAAUAUUAUGGCCAGAAAACACAUAUAUAAAGAAAGCCAAGGGAAAAUGGGGGACCGAUAAUUUGCUUGAAUGGGGAGUCGUUUUCUUUUGUGUGUGUGUGAAAAGUAGAACGUGCAUGGGGUGUCUUGAUGGUUAUGUGUAUCAGACUAUGAGUUAUAUGAAUGUGUGGUGUUUAGUGUUUGUACUUUGUAUAGAGAGGUUAAUAAAGGAUGUAGAGGGGAUGUAUGUGCGGCUAUGGCCUACGGUUGCAGUGCCACAAAUGAUUGGGUUUGCGAAUUGUAAACUUCUAUAUAGCUAUACCUAUUUCUGUCUAUGUGCUCAAGUGAAUAAUUAAAAGAGAGGAGUUCCUCUGGGGAUUUCAAUUUCAAGUGUUUCAAUCAAAUGUUCCCCACCACGUGAUUAAGAUAAAAGGGGAGAAAGACAACAGACAAACUAGAAUUAUGGGACAAAGUGCUAUCAGACAAGCAAGAUCCACCAAUAGCCAGUAAUAUAUAUAUAUAUAUAUAUAAGUAACUAAUAUGUUUUUCUUUUUUCCCAAUCUCAAUCAAUACUUUACUGUCUGCCUGCCUCGACUUAAUUUCCAUACCAUGGAUUCCCUUUACAUGAAUGAAUGUGAUGUUAUCUCUGUUUUACAGCUCGUCUCUCUGUAUUAUCUAUAAGUUUCUAGAUAUGGUGCGUUCUUGGGUCUUUUUACAUAGCAUUAGAAAGAAAUUAAAACCAAAAAGAAAUGGUUAGUUUGACACAGAAGAAGAAAGAAUAUGGAAAUAACUCCAUUCACUAUAUACUUGAUUUAUCAUCUCACUCGAAAAAAACAACAUUGCUGGCAUCUUUUUCUUGUGUACCCUACUCUAACUAACUAAAUUAUAUUUAUACAUGUGAAGGAUCAUAAUUUUCUCUCCUCUACGUACAGGUACAGGUAUAGCAAAUAAAAUUUGUUAUUGAUUUUUUGAAACAUAACUGCCUGAUGACGAUGAGUAAGCAAGUGAACAAUGAGAAGAUCCCCCUUGAAGCAUUAGCAACUGAGCUGGGGUCACAGAGGAUGAUGAAUACGACGCCGGAGUUUCUGUAGUUUUGGUAGAUUUUGUGGUCGGCUUUUGGGCCUCACUUCCUGUAGCAGGCUCGUGUCGAAUUUCUCUCAGUAACGCAGCCACGUCCUUCAUUGUGGGGCGAUCCUCUGCUCGAUUGCUGGUGCAAAGUAGAGAGAUGCCAAGCGCUUGUAGCAUUUCUUGUAUUUGUGUAUCUGGAUGGCCUUGUAGUUUUGGAUCAAGUAUCUCUACUGGGUCCUUAUUGCUCUUUAGCUGCUCUCUUACCCAUUGUAUUACAUGUUGCCCAUCGGCAAACGAUGGAUCCACUGGCUGCUUUCCUGUUAUGAUCUCUAAAAGAACCACUCCGUAGCUAUAAACAUCACUCUUCUCUGUAA